AUGAGUUCCACAUCGCAGCAGCCGCUCCAGGAAUGGCUCGUCAUCGUGCCAGACCACAAGGGCGCGCUGAGCAAGCGCGUUGCGGCGCGGCCCAAGCAUCUGGAAGGGAUAAAGGCGGAUAGAGAGGAUAUGUGGCUUUGGGGUGGUGCUAUGCUCGAAGAACCAAUCCAACCGGGUGACACGAACCCGCCCAAGAUGAAGGGCUCGGCCUGCUUGGUUGCUGCGGCGACGCGCGAGGAGGUUAUAGAGAGGGUGAAGAAGGAUGUCUAUGUUGAAGAAGGGGUGUGGAAUUUGGAUGAGGUGCAGAUUAUUCCGUUUAAGAGUGCGCUGAGGAAGGCGCUGUAA